AUGAUCUUGUCCCCGCGCUGGUGGACGGCUCUGCUGGCCGUCCUCACCGUCGGGCAGCACACAGUCAGAGCCUUACAGUUAGAUCUCAAUGAUGAGCAAUCGAUCAAGAAUGCUGCCGCGACGGCAGCCUACAACAUGAUGAGCUACUACCACGGCAACGAAUCUGGGCAGAUCCCGGGCAAAUUGGUAGAUACAUGGUGGGAAGGAGGCGCCAUGUUUAUGACGCUGAUUCAAUAUUGGUACUGGACCGGCGACACAUCCUACAACGCCGUCACCACCGAGGGUAUGCUCUGGCAGAAGGGCCAGAACGAUUAUUUCCCCGCCAAUUACAGUAACUACCUCGGAAACGAUGACCAGGUGUUCUGGGGGCUGGCCGCAAUGACGGCCGCCGAGUUGAAUUACCCAGAGGAAGACGGCCAACCGUCUUGGCUGUCGCUUGCGCAGGGGGUCUUCAACACUCAAGUACCCCGCUGGGACACGACCAGUUGUCAAGGUGGUUUGCGCUGGCAGCUGUGGCCCUACCAGGCUGGAUACACCACCAAGAAUGCGAUCUCCAACGGGGGUCUCUUCCAAUUAGCGGCGCGACUGGGGCGCUACACCAACAAUGAGACGUACAGCAACUGGGCGGAGAAGAUCUACGACUGGAUGGCGACCACGCCGCUCCUGAGGGAGGACGAGUGGUCCAUUGCUGAUACGACCACCACGCAGACGGAGUGUAAAGACCAUGGAGAUCUCCAAUGGACGUACAACUACGGAACGUACAUCAGUGGAGCCGCCUAUAUGUAUAACCACACCAACGGGGGAGACAAGUGGAAGAAGGCGUUAGACGGCUUGCUCGGAACUACCUUGCAGAAGUUCUUCCCUCAAGAGUUCGGCGGCAACAUCAUGUCCGAGAUCUCCUGCGAACCGAACAUGAUGUGCGAUCGCAAUCAAGACUGCUUCAAGGGAUUUCUGUCAUCCUGGCUGACAUUCACCACCACCAUUGCGCCGUACACCGCGGGCGAGAUCAUCCCCAAAAUCCAGCAGUCGGCCCUGGCGGCGGCCAAGCAAUGCUCUGGCGGCAAAUCGGGCACUGAAUGCGGCCGCCGCUGGCACCAGGCGACUUGGGAUGGGGAGACUUCGCUGGAGUCUGAUAUGAGUGCACUGAGCGUCUUUUCUUCCACUAUGAUUGCCCACAAGGGCCAAGAACAGAGUCACCAAGGACCGUUGACCUCGGAUACUGGGGGCACCAGCAAGAGUGAUCCCAACGCGGGCACCGCCCCGAAGAAUCCACCCAACGAGCUGCCGGAGAUCACGGCUGGGGAUCGGGCGGGUGCUUCAAUUCUGACCGUUGCGUUCGUGUGUGGCUGGGCUGCCGCUGUGGCCUGGUUGGUUUAUGGUGGUUAG